ACCAGUGGAAGGUGUCGGUAAUAAAGCUCUUGUCGUACCUAGUUCAGAUACGGACGUUGUUAGCUACCGUUAGUUCCGUAAAAUUUAAGGGUCAAUAAAUUUAACGCUAUAUAACAUAUAUAUAUAAAGUAUACAAACAUAUUAUCUUAUCUUAAUCCGUAUACAUUCGGCACCGCACGAAAAACAAAAAGACGAAGACAAGCACGGAGACGUAACGUAUAGCUGGCUAGUUCGCUAACAAAGAAAGCCCUUUCUCAAAAGACCUGAAUCCCCAUUAUUCUUUAGUUAUGAGUCAUGUGGCCAUCGAAAAUGUACACGGUCUAGAUCAGCAGCUUGCUGCCCUAGACUUGAACUCAGCGAACGGGCAGGGUGGAGGUGGGACCGGCAGGCGUUACAUUCCACCUCAUUUAAGGAACAAAGAAGCCUCUAAAAAUGCAGGAAAUUAUGCCUCUGGUAGACAGAGCGGUUAUUCUGUGGCACCAGUGAGAAGCUGUUACCCGGGAUUCCCUCCGCAGGAGCUCCCCUUUUCUCAGAACUACUGUGGCGGCUGGCCAGACAGAAGUGAUUCCCCUGGAUGGGACGGCCGCAGCAACGGUUUUGUGAAUGGUUACCAUGACGGCAACCGCAUGAAUGGAGACCGUAACAGUUUCGGAGGACGGGGACCCACUCGCACAGACAGAGGUGGGCGUGGAGGAUACCGUGGCAACCGGGGAGGCGGCUCCUUUAACCAGUCUCAGCCCAUGCAACAUUCAGGAUUUGGCUAUGACAACAAAGAUGGCGGUGGAUGGAAUGCCAUCAAAGACAACAGGGAUGCCUACACAAGUUUCGGCGGCCGUGCUGACAGAGGGAAGUCUGCUUUCUUCAAUGACCGCGGGUCUGGCUCAAGAGGAAGGUAUGAGCGUCCAGGGUUUGGCUCCAGAGAUGGAGGGAACAGCCGCUGGGUGGAGGACUCUAGGGAUGAGGAGGACUGGUCCAAGCCUACAUCUCCCAAUGAGCGUCUGGAGCACGAGUUGUUCUCGGGAAGCAACACCGGGAUCAACUUUGAGAAGUACGACGACAUUCCUGUCGAAGCCACUGGCAACAAUUGCCCUCCCCAUAUUGAAAGUUUUCAUGAUGUUGACAUGGGGGAGAUCAUCAUGGGGAACAUCAACCUGAGUCGCUACACCCGGCCGACUCCCGUGCAGAAACACGCCAUUCCCAUCAUCAAAGCCAAGAGGGACCUGAUGGCCUGUGCCCAGACAGGGUCUGGGAAAACUGCAGCGUUCCUCCUCCCGGUUCUGAGUCAGAUUUACACUGAAGGCCCUGGGGAGGCUCUGCAAGCUGUGAAAGCCAGUAGCCAGGAGAAUGGAAAAUAUGGCCGGCGCAAGCAGUACCCAAUCUCCCUGGUCCUGGCCCCGACCAGAGAGCUCGCUCUCCAGAUUUAUGACGAGGCCAGAAAGUUUGCGUACCGCUCCAAGGUGCGCCCAUGUGUGGUGUAUGGAGGGGCUGACAUCGGCCAGCAGAUCCGUGAGCUGGAGAGGGGCUGUCACCUGCUGGUGGCCACCCCCGGCCGUCUGGUAGACAUGAUGGAGAGGGGGAAGAUAGGCUUGGAUUACUGCAACUAUCUGGUUCUGGACGAGGCAGACAGGAUGCUGGACAUGGGGUUUGAGCCCCAAAUUCGCCGCAUCGUGGAGCAGGACACCAUGCCCCCGAAAGGCCUUCGCCACACCAUGAUGUUCAGCGCCACCUUCCCCAAGGAAAUCCAGAUCCUUGCCCGUGACUUCCUGGAGGAGUACAUUUUCCUGGCUGUGGGCCGUGUUGGCUCCACCUCUGAAAACAUCACUCAGAAAGUGGUUUGGGUGGAAGAGAGCGACAAGAGGUCCUUCCUGCUCGAUCUGCUGAAUGCUACAGUCAUUCCCAGUGAGGUUCAGGAAAAUGCCAGUGAGGGCCCAGAGAAGCCUGGCAAAGACUCCCUCACCCUGGUGUUCGUGGAGACCAAGAAGGGCGCCGACGCACUGGAGGACUUCCUGUACCGUGAGGGCUAUGCCUGCACCAGCAUCCAUGGCGACCGCUCCCAGAGAGACCGCGAGGAGGCGCUCCACCAGUUCCGUUCCGGACGGUGCCCUAUCCUGGUCGCCACGGCGGUGGCUGCCCGAGGACUGGACAUUUCCAACGUGAAGCAUGUCAUCAACUUUGACCUGCCCAGCGAUAUCGAAGAGUAUGUCCAUCGCAUUGGCCGUACGGGUCGCGUUGGAAACCUUGGCCUGGCCACGUCCUUCUUCAACGACAAGAACAGCAACAUCACCAAGGACCUCUUGGACAUCUUGGUCGAGGCAAAGCAAGAGGUUCCCUCCUGGCUAGAGAGCCUGGCUUACGAACACCAGCACAAGAGCUGCAACCGGGGCCGCUCUAAGCGGUUCUCUGGUGGGUUCGGGGCCAGGGAUUACCGCCAGACCAGCAGCAGCAACAGUAGCUUUGGCAGCCGUGGCGGUCGCAACACGGGUGGCCACGGGGGGAACCGAGGGUUUGGUGGUGGUAAGGGUGGCUUCGGAAACUUUUACAGCAGCGACGGCUACGGAGGAAACUACUCCCAGGUGGACUGGUGGGGAAACUAAGAGCCCCAUCCCCAAAAUGGAGGUCACCACGCCUAGCUGAAUGGAAACCACAUGUAACUUAGCCAGACUAUACCCUGUGUAGCUUCAAGAACUCGCAGUACAUUACCAGCUGUGAUUCUCUGACAGCGGUCUGAAAGGGAGCCUGAAGAGACUGAAAGACAGCCCGCAAGAGAACCAGAGCGUCACAACCCGUAGAUGAGAAUAAAAAAACAUGGCUGCUGAUGUGAACACCUGAAUAGUAUCUUGGACUCUAGUUUUCCCACUGCGCAUCAUUUCUUUUCUCUGUAAACCUGAGGAUCAUUUGUUUGUUAAUGUACUGUGCCUUUAAAUUUAGACAGGAUUUUUUUUUUCUUUUUUUUUCUUUUAAUUUUCAGUGUCAUAUUACUGGCCGACCUCGGCCAAGAGCUCAAUUUUUUUCUAAGGCAUAUGUAAAAGAUCUAAAGUUCUAAAUCAAACCUUGGCAAAAACACUGGGAUAAAAUGACUGAGGAAGUCAUUAUUCCAUUUGAACUUCAAAUUGUCACAAAGAAAUCAGAGCCUUCAAUAUAGGCGAGAGCACAGGCGGCUCAGGGAACCAUCUCGGAAGUGUUUAAACGCUUAUGAUUCCUUGUGUGGCAACUGUAUUUCACGGGACAAAGAGUUCUAAUUUUUUGCUCACUCUAUCCUGGAUCGGCACCUAUUAGGGAUAUGGUAGUCUUCAAAAAGAGAAAAAAAAAGCCAUUCCAGUUGUGAUCUAAUAUUCGUUGAAAGGACAAAAAAAAAAGAAGAAAAUACACAAAGUAAUUGGAUGCACACAAACAGAUACACAAACACAGGUGUUCUGACACUGUUCUGGAAUGCAUAAUUCCACUUGCAAUUGACUUGACAGUGUUAAGGCAGCUAGUUAAGUAUCACGAGCUGGCUGAUAGAGGGACGGUGUUUCCUUUAAGUUUUAUUUUUUUUAUUUUUUAUUUUUACUUGAAACAUUUAGGAAGCAACUGAAAACAACUGAAGUUUUUGAUAAAGUUUCUUAAAUUUUACAAACUGGGUAUACCUGAAACAAAACAAAACCGAAGGAAGAAAACAUGCCUGCCGUAGCAUAGCGGAGACUGAAUGGCUUCACGAGGACCACAACGCCGGCUCAGCCUUGCGCAACCUCUCGGCUGACUCGGUUCUAAUACGCAUGCUAGUGUUGGUGUUUUUUGGUCAAGGAGAUAAACAAAUGAAUUGUGCAGCAGGCUUAACGUUAUUCCAAAUUGUGUACACACAUCUUCUCUUUUCAAGCUGCGUUGAAUUCCGAAAGAGAUUCUUGGCUUACUUGGAGGCAUCGCUCCUUUUCGAAAAACAGGCUGUUGAGGGGAUCGCAGAGGUUCAGUACUGUCGAAGGCGAGAAGGAGAACUAAGGAAGAAAACCAAACCGAACUGCACAGGGUUGUCUGCGAGAGUGGUAGAGAGUGCAGUUAGGUGCACCACCAUUUUAGUUGCGUUAGGUUUCCAUUGCAUACUGGCUGUGUAUUCCACUUGAUCAGGCCAAAGACAGGAGUUCCCCCUCCGCAGUGUGCAUUGGUGCUGUGGGCUCCCAGAGUUCCCGGCCCACAAUGCGCGUGUCUAGAAUUGCUGGCCGGAGACCCAGCAUCAGCUUCUCAUUCACACCGAAAGCUGAGCAAGAGGAGGAGGAGAAAAUGGCAUUUAACUUAAGUGCAAUAGAUUUAUUCUCAAGUGUGUUGUGCCUUGAAAAAGUUUUUUGUUUUUUAAAGAAGUCAAUUAGAUGAAGCGGAUGCCCUGACAGUAUUGAGGUAACUUAAGGUGACUGGUGCUAUUUAAGAUAGGUCUAAGCCCUUGUACGUCGUGCCCAUCAAGUUUUACAGAGUUAUUUUAUUGCACAUCUAGUUUUAUAUAUAAAUGUCUUGAGUACGUGUCCUUAAGCUUCCAAAUAUAGUGUGGAGAUUGUGAAACGCAGCUUGUUUGCAAAAGGGGAAGGGUUCUUGAUAUUUAACCAGGAUUUAUUUGGGACCAGGGGGAUUAGCAGUUGAGGAAUUUAGCUAUUUGCACACAGAUUUCUAGAUUCUACUUUUGCUGCUAGUUUUGUGUAAUUUAUUAAUCCUUUUUUGAGAAAUAUUUAUUUUUGUAAGCCUAAAAGUGAUUCUUUGAAAGUUUCAAGAAACUUGACCAAAAGACAGUACAAAAACACUGGCGCUUGAAUGUUGAAUGUCACCCGUAUGCGUGAAAUUAAUUUAUUUCGGGGUAGUGUGAGCUUUUUAAUGUUAGUCAUAUUGGACUCGGUCAAAAUCCACACCUGCUAUUGGCCUCACGGCCAAAGGUUUCUUUAGAAUAUUCAAUUGGCUAUCAAAAUUUGAAAAUGUAAACAAACAUGCCAAGGUUUGGAUAAAAGUUAUCAAACUAAUAAACACUUUUCCUAUAUGUAUCAGUGCAAAGUGUCCAGAUUCUCCAAUUUUGUUUUCAUUUUUUAUUUUAUUUUUUCUCCAGUGAAUGUCUGGCACAUGGCAAUCUUAAGAAAAAAAAAAACAAAACAUGUGGUUAUUCUCUAUUGUUGCAUUAGUGUAUUUGGCAACUCUGAUGUUUGACUUUUCAAAAGCAUUUAGCAAGUUACAGCUAUAGCAAUAAGUCUUACGGAAUAGAGGAGCCGGCUCAGAUCAUAGGAGAAACUCAGUUGGAAAAGCUUCCGGCUUGCUAAAUGUGUGAAGAGAAAUGUCAGAGCUCAUUAGAUUUAGUAUUUGCUUUAUGUACUAGUUUAGAAGCUAUGCACUGCAUGAGAAGACUCAGCUGUGCGUUUAUUGUAUGAUUUUAUCGAAAUAAUAAAAAUUUGAAAUGCAAAUACUUUACAAAUCAAGCAUGUUUUCUAAUACAUUGUAUUAAUGUAGAAUGGUGAAACCAUUGUAGCAGUUGUUCAUAAUGUGACUGCACCAUUAGGUUAAGUUGGAGUUCGUUGAAAUCCAGUAGAGUAAGUUUGUUCUUCGCUAUAGAAACUUCAUUUUUAAUAAAUACCAGUGUCAUACAUGGCUUCUGAGGUUCCGUUUGAUGACUCUUAAAUGUGAAGUCUUGUCUUUGGUGUAAAACCGAUGCAUCAUAAACAAAUUAUGUCUGCGUAUGCUUCAGGAAGUGACUGCAUACCUCCCACUGGUACCAGAAUAGAUGGUGGCAAUGAAUAAUAUAAAAAUACAAAGUACAUUAGAAAUGCACUGCAGGUAUGUGUAAAAUGCGGCAUACGCAUUGCCUUUAUAUAUUUGGCCGUAAAAUGUUUUUGCACUGUACCAUGUACCAUUUUUAAUGCCCAUUAAACUGGACGGAGUAGUUGUA